AUGGCCGCCGAACCAAGCGCCGCGCCGAUAUUGGAUGAACGAGCACCCCUUCUCUUGAGCUCAUCGGCGACAAUCUCUGUGACCAGUGACUCGAGUUAUGACGCGUCUGACGAGGGGGCUUCGGUUGGCCCUCGCGAUGAGGAAGCAUCUAUAGGACGAGAUGGUGUCGCGCCAACCCCCCGCGCCGCCAUCGUGCGCAUUGUCGCCAUUCUUCUCCUCGGCACCUUUACCUCCAACGCCGACGGCAGUCUGGUCCUAGCGACACACCCGACCAUUGCUUCCGAAUUCAACGACCUCGAGGAUUCGAGCUGGCUGUUCACGGCUUUCGCUCUCGCCGGCGCGUCCACACAGGCCAUCUACGGCAAGCUCAGCGAUAUCUACGGCCGCAGGGCGCUGCUCGUCGUGGCAUACUCGCUCUUCGCGCUGGGAUGCUUCAUUGUAGGCAUCGGAGGGUCCAUGGGGGAGGUUGUGCUUGGUAGGGUCAUAUCAGGGUCUGGUGGAUCGGCCAUGAACGUCGUUGCUGCGCUGGUCAUCACGGAUCUCGUCCCGCUGCGCGACGUCGCCGCCUGGCAAGCAACCAUCAACCUUGCAGCGACCAUCGGACGCAGCCUCGGCGGUCCCGUGGGAGGAUGGCUCGCAGACACGAUCGGCUGGCGCUGGUCCUUCCUCGGCCAGGCGCCCAUCUUCAUGUUCGCGCUGCUCCUCUGCAUGGCCUACCUCCCAUCCACGACCAAGCGCACAGUGGCCCCCGCCAGCGCGGCGGAUCAGUCGACGGCCAAGACGCCAGAACCGAGCAAGGGAUCCCUCUCCCGCAUCGACUGGCUCGGGGCCCUGCUCCUCGCCCUCACGAUCCUCGCCUUCCUCGCGCCCAUCGAACUCGGCGGCAGCAAGAUCCCUUGGUCCCACCCGCUGGUCCCGGGGCUCCUCGCCUCCUCGGCCGUGCUCGCAGGCCUCUUCGCCCUCGCCGAGGCCCGGCCCGGCGCGGACCCCAUCUUCCCGCUGGCGCUGCUCCGCCAGCGCGACAUUGUCCUCUCCUAUGCCGUCAUCCUCCUCCAGACGGCGGCGCAGCUGGGUCUCAUGUUCGCCGUGCCGCUCUACUUCCAAGUCACGCAGCGGGCCACCAACACGGUCGCCGGCGCGCACCUCUUCCCCGCCGUCGCCGGCAACGCCGCCGGCGGCAUCCUCGCCGGCCUCCUCAUCCGCCGCACGGGCCGCUACAAGCGCCUCACCGUCCUGGCCACCCUCUGCUCGUCCGCCGCCUACGUGCUCCUCGUGCUGCGCUGGCACGGCCACACGAACCUCUGGGAGUCGCUCUACAUCGUCCCCGGCGGCUUCGGCCAGGGCGUCGCCAUCUCGGCCGUCUUCGUCAGCGUCCAGGCCGCCGUCGACCCGCGCCACAAGGCCGCCGCCAUCGCCGGCCUCUACCUCUGCACGACCGUCGGCAUGAUUGUCGGGCUCGCGACCGUCAGCGCCGUCGUCAUGGGCACCAUGAAGGCCGCGCUCGACGCCCGUCUCGUGGCCCUGGGGCUCACCGACGCGGCGCGGCGCCACAUCAUCGCCGAGGCGGCCUCGAGCGUCGGCUUCAUCGAGCGCGCGCGCGGCAGGGUCGGCGACGCUGUCGUCGCGUCCUACAUCGAGGGCCUGUCGUGGAGUCAUGGCGUUUCGCUCGUCUGCUCGCUGCUGGCGCUGCUUGGCGCGCUGUUCUUGGGGGAGCACAAGCUGUGA